AUGGCCUCCGUCGCCGCCUGGCUGCCCUUCGCCCGGGCGGCGGCCAUCGGCUGGGUGCCCAUCGCCACCAAUCCGCUGCCCACGCCGCCGGCCAUCUGCGCCGCCCGGGCGGCCCGCGCCCGCGAGGAGGAGGAGAAGUUCGUCAUUAACGUUAGCGGCCGCCGCUUUGAGACGUGGAAGAAGACGGUGGAGAAGUACCCGGACACGCUGCUGGGCAGCAACGAGCGGGAGUUCUUCUACGACGAGGCCCGCCGGGAGUACUUCUUCGACCGCGACCCGGACCUCUUCCGCCACAUACUGAACUACUACCGGACGGGGAAGCUGCACUACCCCCGCCACGAGUGUCUCAUGUCCUACGACGAGGAGCUGGCCUUCUUCGGCAUCAUCCCCGACGUCAUCGGCGACUGCUGCUACGAGGACUACCGCGACCGGAAGCGCGAAAAUGCCGAGCGGAUGAUGGACGACCGCCUGGAGGAGUCGGAGACCGCUCUCCGCGACGCCCCCAAAGGGACCAUCCGCCAGCAGAUGUGGCGCGCCUUCGAGAAUCCGCACACCUCCACGGCGGCGCUCGUCUUCUACUACGUCACCGGCUUCUUCAUCGCCGUCAGCGUGGUGGCGAACGUCGUGGAGACCGUCCCCUGUACGCACAAGGAGGGCAAUCCCGACUCGAAGGUCAGCUGCGGCGACACCUUCAAGGUGGCCUUCUUCUGUCUGGACACCGCCUGCGUGAUGAUCUUCAGCUGCGAGUACAUGCUGCGGCUGUACGCCGCCCCCACCCGCUGCAAGUUCAUGCGCAGCGUCAUGUCGGUGAUCGACGUGGUCGCCAUCAUGCCCUACUACAUUGGCCUCUUCAUCAAGGACAACGACGACGUGUCGGGGGCGUUCGUGACGCUGCGCGUCUUUCGCGUCUUUCGCAUCUUCAAGUUCAGCCGCCACUCGCAGGGGCUGCGAAUACUCGGCUACACGCUCAAGAGCUGCGCCUCGGAGCUGGGCUUUCUCGUCUUCAGCCUGGCGAUGGCCAUCAUCAUCUUCGCGACGGUGAUGUUCUACGCGGAGAAGAACGUCAGCCAGACGACCUUCACCAGCAUUCCAGCGGCGUUCUGGUACACCAUCGUCACCAUGACCACCUUAGGGUAA